AUGUCUUCGGCGAAAAGUUCGGGCGCUAGGAAAAAGGGGUAUAGGGAGGGAAGCACUAGAUGGAGAGACGACAUCAGCGAAGUUCCCGAGGACUCUGAUGAAGAAGUCGUGUACAUAUCAAGUGAUGAAUCUGCCCACGGAGGGGAUCUUGGUGACCGAAUACGCGUUAAGCCAUCGAGGGAUAUUUGGGAGUUAGAAGAAAUACAAAAUACACUGAAACAGUUGCCAUAUGCGGAUGACAUCGCGUCCAUGUUGGGAAGCGGACAUUACGAGGAGGCUUUAAAUUUUGCCUCCCAAUCCGAUGACAUUGGAAUCAGAACUGCUGCUCUCUGGGCUUGCUGGAUGGGGAAGUGUUCUCUUCUACACAAGCUGUUGAAGUUAGGAGCUGAUGCGAACAGUGCAGAUGAAGCCGGAAGGUCUUGUUUGCACCUAAGCUGUCUCGUAGCUAAUGAAGAAUGCGUGAAAGAACUCCUGGACCACGGGGCUGAUCCAAAUCUUUGGGACUCAAGUACAGAUAGAAAAGCAACGCCCCUUCAUUGCGCUUCUAGUGCAAAAUCGGUUAAUUGUGUUAAGGCCCUAUUAAGUCACGGAGCUGAUGUGAACGCGGGUUUAAGCGAACAUUCUCCAUUGCAUUACGCGGUAUUGAGCGAUGCACCGGAUGUGGUUAGUGCACUUUUGGAUGCUGGUGCCUGCCCUGAUACACCCCAGGUUUUUACUGAAACACCAUUACACGUAGCAGCGUCGCUAGGAUCCGCGACGUGUGUUAAAUUGCUGCUAGAAGCAGGAGCAGACGUGAGGGCGGCUUUGGGACCUGGUCGCGCGACCGCCUUGCACCUGGCAGCUGUAGACGGUCAUGCAGAAUGUGCUCGCUUACUACUGGACCAUGGCGCGCAUAUUGACUGGCCAAAUUCGAGAGGCCAGACCGCCCUUCAUUUAGCUGCUUUAGCACAAUCGGUAGAAGUAGUAGAACUGCUAGUGGAUCGCAGAGCUGACGUCAAGGCACAAGACAUCGACGGAAGGACACCACUACACGGAGCUAUAGUGCGUGGUGCGCGUGCUUGUGACGUAGCUAGACUUCUACUCUCGGUCGGAGCUGAUCCAAACGCCCCGGACAAUUUUGGAUACACGCCACUACAUAUCGCAGCACUGAACGAAUUCUCUGCUUGUGUCCUCUUAUUGUUAGAUUACGGUGGCGACGUGACCUUAAGAACGAACGGUGGAGUAUCAGCACUAUCGUUUAUAGUUCGUCGUGUACCAGACGUUAUUCCUAGAUAUUUGUGCAAACUAGAUGAUGCUGUUCACAUCAGCGAACAUGAGUUGGGGGAUGUUGAUUGUGAAUUAACGAUUGAUUUUCGUCCGUUAGUGCCAUGUCUGUCUAGAGGGGAGGCCGAAUUAUUAUUGGCUUUUAUAGAGGUGGGAAGAAAAGAUGUCCUGAAGCACCCGGUCGCUGAAACUUUCCUUUUCUUAAAGUGGAGAAGGAUAAGAAAGUUUUUCGUUCUAAGCUUCGUGUAUCAUGCAUUAUUUAUAACGCUUUACAGCCUAUAUAUUUUACAAAUGUUUCUAUGCGAAGAUGUUACAUGUACGAUACCAAAUUACCUCCGGCCUAUCCAGUACGUGAUUCUCUUACUUAAUAUUUGCUUCAUGGUCAAAGAAAUUUUCCAGUCCUGUCUUGAUUGGUCAGCGUAUAUCCGACAGUGGGAAAAUUGGUUGCAAAUAUUUAUAAUUAUCGGCGUGUUUUUGUGCACUGUCCCAACGUGGUAUAUUGACAAUGGUGAAGCCAGAAGGAACACUUCCACUUGGCAACACGACGUAGCAGCUAUCACUAUCUUUUGUUGUUGGUUAGAACUAAUGAUGAUUGUUGGACGAUUUCCAACAUUUGGUCUAUACGUUCAAAUGUUUACAACGGUGACAGUGAACUUUGCAACAUUUUUGAUGGCCUACAGCUGUCUCUUAAUAGCAUUUGGUUUGGCGUUCAGCGUGCUAUUUAGCAACUACCCUCCGUUUCACUUACCCGCAGCGCUAGUAAAAACCGUCAUGAUGAUGUCUGGUGAAUUGGAGUAUGAGGACAUAUUCUAUAGUGAAUGUUCUGGAUCACAGCUGCAAUAUCCCAUCACAGCGCAUGCUAUGUUUUUAAUAUUCGUGGUGCUUGUGACAGUUAUACUCACUAAUUUAUUAGUGGGAUUGGCUGUUAGUGACAUUCAGGCCCUACAAGAAAGCGCCGGUCUGGAUAGGCUAGUUCGUCAAACUCAAUUAGUGGCGCACCUCGAGAGUAUGUUAUUCAGCUCCUUAUUGACCUGUGCACCAAGACAGUUAAUGGCAGUUUUGCGUUGGGGAGCUUUAUUGACCGCCUCACACAUGCGGACACUUAACAUACGACCGAACGAUCCAAGGGAAAGUAGAAUACCUCGAGAAUUAAUCGCUUCAGUUUACAAAAUGGUCGCCAGUCGCAAAGACACAAAGAAAAGCAUCCGCAAGAACAACAAUUACGAAUUUCGUAUAAGAAAAGGCGAUGAAGAUGACAUUGAACGUCAGAUAGUGAAACGCAAAAGUUAUCUCUAUGAUCGUUUCUCAUUUGAGAGUCAAAACGUGGAGCGGCGCAAGCGCAAUACGUCUGAAUCGAAUAGAAAUAGGCCUAUGUCAUUUACCUUGAAUGCUAUACAAGAGAUGUGCGUAGUUGAUAUGAAGAAUCAGUUGUCUGAUUUAACAAAGAAAAUAAACAAACUUGUUGAGACCACCGAUACCAGAUUGAGCUCAAUUGAAAACAAAUUAAGAGAUAAACAACCCCCUUAG